AUGAGUACUGAGUGGCCACCUCAGGGUUCCCUGGGGUUACACCCCGCCGAGGGGCCCUCCAUGAGCCCCCAGGCAACUGCUACGCAGUGCGGGGGGGGGCCCCAGAAGGCCCCUCCGGCCCCUUCUCCUGAUUCGCUUUGGCGUCCGCGGCAGGAGGGUCCUUUCGAGGGGGGCUUCUCAUGGGGGGCCCCCGUGGGGGUCCCACCGUUUAAGGGGGCCCCCGAAGGGGCCCCCUGGGGCUACGGGGCCCCCAAGGGCCCCCGCAGCCUCAGCAGCUUUAGCCCGAGCGAAGAGGAUGCGGUGUGCGAGUCUACGGCACCCUCAGAGGGUUUCUGGCCGAGCCCAGCAUCUCCGGUUCUGUCGGGGGCCCCCAUGUGGGGCCCCCAGCCAGCAGCAGCAACAACAGCAGCAACAGCUGGUGCUGCAGCCGGUGCUGCUCCUGCUGCGGGAAGUACUGUAGUGGAGGUGCAUCAUCUGUCGCCAAGUCCUUCGUUUGAAUCCCAUGAGAAGGAAUCAGAAGCUGGAGAGAGCCUGUUGCUGCCGGCACCUGCUGCUGCUGCUGCUCAUGAGCCAAGCAGCCGCAGCAGCAGCAGCAGCAGCAGCAGCAGCAUGAACAGUGGCGUGUCUCCUUUGGUGCAUUUUCUGAGGUCGUCGAAGGCCCUUAAGCUGUCGUUGACCCGCACGAUGGAGAUGCAGCAGCAGACGCUGCAGCUGCUGCUGCUGCACCCGCAUAUUGCGCCCCCGGAUGUAGAGGCCCCUUGCUGCUGGUGUUCAGCAGCAGCAGCAAACCCGCAGCAGCACGAGCAACAGCAGCAGAGCGGGUGCGUGGUGUUGCUGCAGAUUGAGAUGCUGCAGCAGCUGCUGCACCAGGCAAGCUCACAGCUGCAGCAGCGGCAGGAGGAGUUGCUAGCAGCAGAAAAUGAGCUGCAGCAACAGCAACAGCAGGAAGAGCAGCAGCAGGACAGAUUGUCUAUGUUGCUGCCACAUUGGCAGCAGCAGCAGCAGCAGCAGCAACUCGCAGCAGCAGCAGCAGAACUCCGCAUCCGCCGCAGUGUUCUCAAGCAUCAGUGCACAGACUUCCAGGAGGCGCUGCUGCUGCAGCAGCAACUGCAGCAGGAAGCAAAUGCCCGCUGGCUCCUAGAAGCAGCAGACCAAAUACGAAGCUGUGCAGCAGCAGAGCAGCUCAGCGGCAUAUUGGGCCCAUUCUCCCCAUCCCCCUGGACGGGCCAGAUUGCCACUGGCCUCGUGGGCAAUCAGCUGGCUGAAAAAAGAAGCAAACUGCUGAAGCUGGAAGAGAAGCUAAGGGAGCUGCAGCAGCUGGCAACGUUGAUGCAGCAGCAGCAGCAGAAGCGACAGCAACAGCAGCAGCAGCUUGCUGCUGUCACCACGCAGACGGAGAAACUGACGGCUGCAGCCUGCACGGAUUUGCUGCUCGCCCACAAGUACCGCAAGCAGUCAAUUAAACCAGAUGCAGCAGCAGAAGCUGCAGCAGCAACAACACUAGCAGCAGUAGCUGCAGCAGCAACAGCUGCACCAACAGGGAUCUGCUGCUUAUAUAUAUGCUGCGGUUCGCUCGCUGCUGUCGCUGGCAAAUUAAAGCAACAACAGAAGCAGAAGCAACAGCAGCAGCAGCAGCAGCAGCAGCACAAACUGCGAGUGCAGCAGCAGGUGCAGCAGUGUAGUGGCAGCAACAACAAGGAGAACUGUAUCAGCAGCAGCAGCAAGUGGAGCUGCAGCAUAGGCAAACCCAAGGGCGGCAGCAGCAGCAGUAGCAGCAGCAAGUGUAGCUGCAGCAGCGGAAAGUGCAGCAUCAGCAGCAACGACAGCAGCAGCAAGUGCAGCAGCAGCAGCAGCAGCAGCAAUGAUGUUCUGCUUUUGGUUGCUAUCCCCUUGGGGGUUGCGGCGGCGUUUACCUUCGAUUCGUUGGGCCGCCGUUUGGUGUACAGAGUUUAA